AUGGUGUAUGGCGGUAAGCCCAGUACCGGGUGUCACCUCUGCCGCAAGAGGAAGAUCAAGUGCGAUGAAGGCCGUCCGGGUUGUCGGAAUUGCUCAAUCUAUGGACGACCGUGUCCUGGCUACCGCCCGAAUGCUGUCUUCCGGAAUGAAACCGGCAAGGUUGAGCAACAGGCGCGCAAAGAUGCACCUCUGAGAGAAAAGUCCAGCGCGAGUCCCAGCGCGAGCUUUGCGUCCGACUUCAGUUCGGUGUCAUCUACGCCUAUGACCCAAGCACUGACAGAGACAUCGCAAUUUGAUGCCGCCGCGAGUCGGCGAGCCGUGAGGGCUUUGCGACCGUCAUUGAGUCUGUAUCACGUGGCAGAUGCUACUUGGGAGGACCGCGCUUCCUGCUUCUUUUUCGACCAGUACAUUCUCGAUCCCGAUGACGAGUACGGUCGAGGCCACUUGGAGUACGUACCCGAGCUAUAUACGCGCUCCCAAGAAGCCAGCAUCUUCGGGGAGACCCCGUCGUCCGCUUGUCUGCGAUGGGCGGUCGAUGCAACGGGACUCAUGACCCUUGCCCAACGGGGCCAUGCGUUGCCUUUGAUGGUGAGGGCCCGCCAGACGUAUGGCAAGGCGCUUCGGAGUCUGCAGGCGGCGCUGGCGUCGGCGGAGCAGGCAGUCAGAGAUGAGACCUUUGCAGCGGUGAUGAUCCUUUCCGUGUACGAAGAUAUCACAGGCGAGCGAAAUGGGUUGUUCAGCGCACAUACUGCUGGGUUUGACUUUUUGAUGAAAUUGAGAGGUGAACGUCAGAUGGGAAAUCAAUAUGGACGGGAGAUGUUUCACUUUGGCUGGACUCGAAAAUAUAUUGAGGUCCUUGUGCUGGGCCAGAAUUUAAAAGAUGGUCAUGAGUGGGCCUCGGAGCUAUUCAACGAAAAUGACCCAAUUGAGAGUCUCAUGCUUGUCGCGACUACGCUGAGUCGAGUGAUCCAGUCCAUGCAAGCUUCCACUGGCCUUCCAGAUCAAGCCAUGGUCGAGGGCUGGAUCGCCGCCAGCCAGGAAUGCGAUUUGAGACUCUGCCAGUGGCCUUUGCAUCUUUCACCGCGCUGGCUUCCCACGACCGUCUACACCGAAUCGGGGGAAUCCCUCCUCACAUACAAUCACGACCUUCACGCCUCCAUCUGGUAUUGGUAUCGCGCCAUUCGGGUCAUGCUACAGCGGUUUCUUCUCAGUCUGGAUCGCACGCUCGUCGCCAUUCGAGAGAGGAACCGUGAUCCCGACGAUACGCAACCCUUCCAGGGUAACAUCAGCGAAGACCACGUGAUAGCCAUCUGUCAAGACAUGACCACCGACACGUGUCGCAGCAUCCCCUUCUCCUUAUCCGAGAUUGACCGACUCGGACAGAGAAACUCGUCACCUGCAGCAACUGGGUCACAGCGACAUCGCGCCGUGAAGGUAUAUGUCAUGUUGUGGCCGCUGUGGCUGAUGCUGUCCAGCGGGAUGCCGACUCCCUCGCAGGCGCAGCAAUUAUACUCUGUCCUUUCACAGGUUGGGUCUGAACAUGGGAUCAAAUUAGCCUUGAUGCUGGCGCGUGAAGCCGAACGCCAAAGGAAAGAUCCAUGGCCCUCGGGGACGCCAUUUGGCGCGGCAUCAAUAUUACUAGCGAUUUAG